AUGGAAAAUGUGGCCCAGUAUAUGGGAAGGUGGAUGGAAGUAGAGUUGACUGAUGGUCGAAUAAUUCGUGGUCAAAUGAUGUGCACCGACAGAAAGCCGAACUUUAUUCUUGGCAGAUCUGAAGAACGGUGGUCAGGAGAUGAGGGAGAGCCAAGAGCAAUUGGUCUAGCUAUGGUGAGUCGACAACAUGUCGUUCGACUUAGUUUGCUGCCAACACCACAACCUACUGCUGACGAGGAUUUCUCCUAA